GUUGGGCCUAAUCCAAUAGAAAUGUGAGAGGGCUUUAGUGCGAGAGCCCACCAACACAGCAACACCCUUUCACAUUAUUAUCGAAUUAAUUUCAGUAAUUCAUUCGUGUUGCUCAUAGUUUCGGUUCCAGAUCGAGCAUCAGUCAGCAAGAAUCAGAGAGAUGGGGUUUAUAAUGGAGUUUGCGGAGAAUUUGAUACUGAGGUUGAUGGAGGAUCCAAAGGAGAGGGACAGAAAAUUCAGGGAGCAUUUGUAUGAUUUGAAAGACAAGUGCCAGAAGACUAAGGAAAUGUGGAGCUUGCCUCUGCGUCCUUAUGGUUUCUGGACUUUUGAGCGCCACAAUGCGCAGAUAUUCUGGGAUUCCCAGAUCAGCCAAGUUCAGGGACGCCGGGACCCAUAUGAUGACCUCCUCCAGGAGCACACUGGUGCUUCCUCCUCGUACUCCAAAUAAUUGGGAAAAGCAGCAUUUAUUUAAAUGCCAAGUUGCCUUGGAAGAGUAUUAAGACUCCUUGUGAUGUGCCAUAAGAUUUGUGAAUGCUGCCAUAUUCUGUAAUAAGCACCCAUGCAGAAAUUAUAGCCUUGAAGUUGGGUUCCUACACCCUGCGUUUGUUGUUUUGUUUGAAAUUCUUGAAUACUUUCUCUGACUACAUUUUCCAGCCUGUGGCAAGAGUUAUAGCGUGCAAGUCCACUCAGUUUACUACUUUCUUCAA